AGCAACCUGCAAAAACAGGAAGACACCAAGAAAGUCACCAAAUUAAAAAUGAUGAGCAACAUUUUUUCUCUCUGCCUCAGUUUUUCAUUACUCUUCUACGUGGCUCAGGGAGCCACAGUUACUUUCACAAACAAUUGCCAAUACACGGUGUGGCCAGGAACCCUAACCGGAGACCAAAAUCCUCAGCUGUCAACAACCGGUUUCGAGUUGGCUCCCGGAGGAACCAACUCUGUGAACAUUCCAUCUCCAUGGUCGGGCCGGUUUUGGGCCCGAACCGGAUGCUCCAACAACGGAGGGUUUACAUGCGACACCGGAGACUGUGCCUCCGGUCAAGUCGAAUGCAACGGUGCCGGUGCAAUCCCACCCGCUACUUUGGUGGAAAUCACCGUUGCACCGAACGGAGGACAAGAUUUCUACGACGUGAGCAACGUGGACGGGUUCAAUGUGCCGGUGUCCAUAACCCCACAAGGUGGAAGUGGCGAAUGCAAAACCUCUAGUUGUCCAAAUAACAUCAACGAUGUCAAUGUGUGCCCUUCGGAGCUCCAAGUGAAAGGGUCUGAUGGUAAUGUCAUUGCUUGCAAUAGUGCUUGUGUGGCUUUCAAUGAAGAUCAAUAUUGUUGCAGAGGAGAUUACGACACAGAAGAGACAUGUCCACCUACGAACUACUCUCAGAUUUUCGAGGAGCAGUGUCCUGAUGCUUAUUCCUACGCUUACGAUGAUAAGAGCAGCACUUUCACUUGCUUCAACGGACCUGACUAUGCCAUCAUAUUCUGCCCUUGAAUCCUCAUCUCCACAAUAUAAAUAAGACCAUACAUACAUAUAUAUAUAUAUAUAUAUAUAUAUAUAUAUAUAUAUAUAUAUAUAUAUAUAGUUUAUAUACUAUGGUCGAGCCAUAGAAUGCAGCAUGAAUAAAGCAUCACGUAUUUUCCCUAAUUGCAUGUAUAUAUUCAUAAAUUACAUCUUACUAUAAUAAAGUUUAAAUUUCAUAUUUCCGUUUC